AUGGGUGUUCGCCUAGAAGAGGCACCAUUGAUUCUCCCAGCUGAUUCACCGCCGUCAAAUCUUCCUCUGCUUCCUUCGGUUUUCAUUGAUUCACCGCCGUUAGUCAUUGAUUUACCACCGUCAUCCCUUCCUUCGAAGGAGGAAACACCGAAAAGAAAGAACAACCAAAUCUCAUUCUCCGCCAAACUCAACAAAUUCACCUACAACUGUGAUGGCCACACCUUCAAUUACCUCGUCGAUAAUGGCUACACGUAUUGUGUUGUUGCGGAUGAAUCGGUUGGAAGACAAGUGCCUGUGGCUUUUCUGGAGCGUGUGAAGGAUGAUUCUGUUGCGAAAUAUGGCGGUGGGAAGGCUUCUACAGCUGCGCCUAACAGUCUUAAUAAGGAAUUUGGGCCGAAAUUGAAGGAACAUAUGCAGUACUGUGUUGAUCAUCCUGAGGAGGUGAGCAAGCUUGCUAAGGUGAAAGCUCAGGUUUCUGAAGUCAAAGGUGUCAUGAUGGAGAAUAUUGAAAAGUAUCUUUCAGUUCUUCUGAUACAGAGGCUUCAUACAUCCCCUUGCUCACCCACCCUAUCACCCACACCUCAUUUACUAUAA